CGGCGGCGACGCGUCCACGGCCACCUCACUUCCCUGUCCCCAACCGACCCCCUGCAGGUUAACGGUGCCGGGAGCGGGCGUUGUUAACCUUGGCCACGACCGAUCCGAACAAUGUGUUUAUCAUGCUUUUUGCCCUGACCGAAAGUCCGAGCAUGUUGACUGAAGCGGAACCAAUGUUGGAUGUGAAGUGCGCAGUCCAGUUUAACGCAUCAUUUCCCAGUGUUGCAUCAUUUCCUCCCACGACAAGACUUAAACACAUACAAGAUGGCGGACGCGCUCCCUGACGGUGAUGCGCCGGUAGAGCCGGUUAAGCCGGCGCCCAAGCGGCGACGCAUCCUGGACUCCUCGGCCAUCGUUCCCGUACCAGUCUACUCCAACAAGGUGCAGAGCAGCCUGCAUCUGAAGAUGGCACUUCCUACCACCGUGGAAAAAGAACAAACUGACGACGACGAUAUGGCAAAUCAGUGGUUUCAGACAGUCCCCCGAGAAGGGCGAGCACUCAAAGUCACCAUCAGCGACUCUGAUGAUGAACAGAUAGUAAAGGAGAGACCCUCGCGCUCUCCGACGCCUCCCCCUGCCGAGAUUCCCUUCCGGAAACUGGCCCAACGUUCCAAGAUGAUGAAGGAGGUGAAGAGAAGCCUUCGUGCAGUGAGAGCCAUCUCCUCUGAGGCCGCAUCCACGAGGAGCCUCCAGCGAAAUCUUCCACAGCUGGUCGAAUGUGACGAUGACGUUAUUGUGCUGGACAAGUUGCGGUCAUGUGACUCACAGGUGGUGAAGGUGCGAUGUCGCACCGAUGUUUACAGGCUGACCGUCACGCUGACCACGUCGGUGGGCCAGAUGGUGAGCCGGAUGGCGGACAUCCUGGGCUUGUCCAGCUUUCGUCUGCGACUGCUGAGGGAAGAGGCGGAGCUUCCUGCCAACGCCAGUGUGGGCGAGCUGGGCCUCAACAUCACCGACAUCUUGGAGUGCGUCGUCAUGGCGAGAGAAGAAGGAGCUGUCAUCAUGGUACGUCUGCAGGGCAAAGAUCGAGGCUCCGCGCAGGACUUCUCCGUGCACAAAGGGGCGGAGCUGGGUCCCAUCUUCUCACAGUAUAUGGCGACACUGCCCGCCGCCACAAAGCGCAAAGUCAAGUUUCACUUUGAUGGGUGCAAUGUGACGGGCAGACAGACGCCCGCUCAGUUGGACAUGGAGGACGGCGACAUCAUUGAAGUUUGGACGUGAGACCCACCUGCAAUGUCAAAAUAAAAGCAGCAUUAGGUUAUGUGCAAGUGUUGUUAGCGUUAGUCAAAGAACUAAAGAUUUCAAUAUUUUUAUAUACACUGCUGACUUCAAUGAAAUUUUGCUUUGUAAAAUAUUUCUUUUAGUUUAUGGCCAAUAAAAACACUCACCAUUUGGCAAAUACUAUUCUCUAUACGAUUAUGCCAUUUCAAAUUUUCCUGGGGCACUUAGGCCACUCCAAGGGCACUUUUUCCCCACAUAUUUUGGGGAACAUGGGGUAAAAAGGUGUACAGAGGCUUAAAUGUGUGUAUGUGGGGGGUUUGCAGUUUGUGCCCCUGUUUGUUUUUUUCCUCAAAAUCCCUAAGAUGUAUCAAAAAUAGAAAUUCUGUUACACUGUCAUGUAUAACAGAUUUUUCUCUUUGAAAAGGCCUAUUUUUUUACAUUUUUUUGUAUUGUACUUGAUCCUGUUUAUAUUUGAAUGUAAUAAAAGCCACAGAACUUGUAUCUCAUUUAACAAAAAAAUAACUAAAGAUUUCGAUGUAAAUUUGCCACUCGAAUACAAUAAUUUUACAAAGAUGAGUGACAUUCAAGUUGAGAACUUGAGUGAUGUUCUGUCUCCGACCCCUCCGUACAGGGCACUUAACCACGCCUCCUGAAGUGACGUCACGCCACGUGCGCCUACGUCAAACAAUUAGCAAAAGAAUAGAGCGAAACUGUCCGAUUUACCGGCUGAUUUCUCACUCGCAUUCUUAGCUAACAGUGAAAUAUCGGUGAAAAGCAGACAGCAGGGCUUCGCGUAUUUCAGCGAGGGGUAUUUCAAUGGUAUUUCCAUGCAUAUCGACGGAGAAACCAUUGAUAUUAGCGCGAGAUCUUUCCGGAGUCAGAGGAAGACCGAGAAGCCACAUAAUGUAAUAUAUUAUAACCCAAAGAC